UGCUACAGUUCUGGACCACAUGUUCACUACAGACCAGAGAGGAGAGCUGCCCAAGACCCUGACUGACAUGUACUCACACUUCCUGCUGGUUCAGACAAAGAGGAAAAAGCUCAAGUAUGCUGAGGGACAUGAGACGAGUCCACAGGAGCUGAUGGAGGCUGACAGGGAAGUUCUUCUGAAGCUGGGGAGGCUGGCGUUUGAACAGCUGGAGAAAGGAAACAUCAUGUUCUACCAAGAAGACCUGGAGCGCUGUGGUCUGGAUGUCACAGAGGCCUCGCUGUACUCAGGAGUUUGUUCAGAGAUCUUCAAAAGAGAGAGUGUGAUCUUCCAGAAAACAGUCUACUGCUUCGUUCAUCUGAGCAUUCAGGAGUUUCUGGCUGCAGUCUACCUGUUCCACUGUUACACCAACAGGAACACAAAGGUACUCAAGGACUUCCUGGGGAGAGGCUGGGACAGUGACAACAGUGACCUGAAGAAUGGCAAUGAUUACAAUUACCCAUCCCUGGAUGUCUUCCUGAAGAGAGCCAUGGAGAAAUCCCUGAGGAGUAAAAAUGGCCACCUGGACCUGUUUGUCCGCUUCCUUCAUGGCCUCUCUCUGGAGUCCAACCAGAGACUCUUAGGAGGCCUGCUGGGUCAGACAGACAACAGUUCAGAAAUCAUCCAGAGAGCCAUCAACAACCUGAAGGAGAUGAACAGUGAUGGGAUCUCUCCUGACAGAAGCAUCAACAUCUUCCACUGUCUGACGGAGUUGAAGGACCACUCAGUCCAUCAGGAGAUCCAAGAGUUCCUGAAGUCAAAGAAGAGAUCAGAGAAGAAACUCUCUGUGAUCCACUGCUCAGCUCUGGCCUACAUGCUGCAGAUGUCAGAGGAGGUUCUGGAUGAGUUGAACCUGCGUCAGUACAACAUAUCAGAUGAGAGACGAAUGAGACUGAUUCCAGCUGUGAGGAACUGCAGAAAGGCUCUAUUGGUGGACUGCUGUUUGUCAGAGAUCAGCUGUGCUUCUCUGGUCUCAGCUCUGAAGUCCAACCCCUCCCAUCUGAGAGAGCUGGACCUGAGCUUCAACUGCAACCUGAAGGAUUCAGGAGUGAAGCUGCUGUGUGCUGGAUUGGAGAGUCCAAACUGUAGACUGGAGACUCUGAGAUUGAAGUGGUGCUGUUUGUCAGAGAUCAGCUGUGCUGCUCUGGCCUCAGCUCUGAAGUCCAACCCCUCCCAUCUGAGAGAGCUGGAUCUGAGAGACAACAAAGAGCUGAAGGAUUCAGGAGUGAAGCUGCUGUCUGGUUUUCUGGAGAGUCCAAACUGUAGACUGGAGACUCUGAAAUUGAGGAACUGCGGUUUGUCAGAGAUCAGCUGUGCUGCUCUGGUCUCAGCUCUGAAGUCCAACCCCUCCCAUCUGAGAGAGCUGGAGCUGAAGCACAACAGCCUGAAGUGGUCAGACGUGAAGCAGCUGCGUGAUCUGAAGGAGAGUCCAGACUGUAGACUGGAGACUCUGGAAUGGACGGGGCCUCGGCUUCCAGUAAAGUGAUCAGGAGGAGGAUGUUGGAGGACCAGCUGAGUCCUGAUGAUCCCGAGAGCUUGAAGCAGCAGCAGCACCUCUAACUGGGCCAUGUUACUGGGAGGUAGAGUGGAGAGACUGACUGAGGCUCUGCACGGGCGAGCUGAUUGGCCGACAUUAGCCUCUGUGGGUCAGUGACGGGGGCUCUGUCUCCAUCAGAAUCAGCUGACUCAGCAUACGUCAGACUACAGAGUGGAGCCAAAUGUGGAAAGCAUAUGUUUGCUAACAUUUCACAUUUUCACAUCAAUGGUAAACUUGACUGUCGUCGCUGCAGGACAGUCACCUGUUAGUCUGAUAAACUUAACUGCCCCGCCCACUGAAACAACCGUUACCUCACAGAGACCUUUACCCCCCCCAACCGUUACCUCACAGAGACCUUUACCCCCCACCAACCGUUACCUCACAGAGACCUUUACCCCCCCGGCCCUCCACAGUAACAUAUUCUCUUCUAAAUUAACCGUUCGCAUUUAAACUAACGUUAAUAGGUGAGAGGAUUACCACGCUGUCAUAGCAACGGAAGAGAUUAGCUUCACACACUCACACAGAGACACAAACACACACACAUACUGAGACACACACACUCUCU